CAAGAAGCAUCAUGAUGAAGCUGAGAACUUGUCCAAGAAAACUGCAACGACGUCGUUUCGUUUAUGGCCAACGUUCCGCUUCCGCUAUAUCAGCGCUAUUAUAUGAGCUGCAACUCCGCCACAGCAGCUCCGCCACCUCUGAUGGCGGCUCCGACCCUCCACCGCCGCCACUACUCCUUCUCUUCUUAUUCCUUUCCUUCUCCCUACAACUCUCAGUUUCUUAAACCCCACCUCUUAAAACCCCCGCAAAACCCUACCAAAACCUCCAUCUCCAUCUCCUCCUCCAUUCUCGGAGGUUCCCUCCAAAACCACCGCAAGAUUUCCAGGAACUUUGCCGCCGCGGAUGCUGGAAAAGAAGAAACAGAGGGGGAGCGCUUGGAAGAAGCAAGAGAAGCCGUCAGGGAUUAUCUGGAACGAGUUGGAGUUGCGCGAGAAGACGCUUCCCACAUUUCCUCCAACUGCCCCAACUAUUUGAACAUGCUGAUUGACGGCGUCGAAGACCUCGAUGACUGGAAUUCUUGGGCCAGAAAUUCCAGUCAAGAAAUUACGGGAGAUGCUCUUGAAUUCAAGAAGAAAGUCUACCAGAUGGCGGAGCAGAAAGGGGAUAAUGGUAUUCUUCCCUUCUUGGAGAGCCUUGGCCUAUCUCUCUCUUCAGCCACCCACUUAGCCAGAUAUCUCUCUUCUUCAGGCUCCAAUUCACUUUCCCUCCUCAUUCAAAAGGUUAUGUAUUUGAAGGAAAUAUUAUUUUCUGACAGUGAUGGUCAUGAAGUUAUCGGGAAAAAUGCUCGGCGAAUGAUGGCUCAUCUCUCCAUUUCUGCUGAUGACGAUGUGCAGCAAACGUUAGCAUUCUUUGAAAAGAUUCAAGCCAGGCGUGGAGGUUUGAAUCUUUUGGGUUCUGAGCAUACCUCUUUCCGGCAUCUCAUUGAAUCUUUUCCCCGCCUUCUAUUUCUGCCUCUACAAUCUCGCGUGAAGCCAAUUGUGAAGUUCUUGGAAAAUAUUGGAGUCCCUAAAGGAUGCGUAAGAAACAUUCUUCUGUUGUACCCACCCAUUUUGUCCUAUGACAUUGAGAAGGAUAUCAGACCAAGAUUACAGUCGUAUCAGAAGAUUGGGGUAAAGGAUAAUGAUCUUGGGAAGAUGCUUGUCAAAUAUCCAUGGAUUCUUUCUGCUAGCAUCCUGGAGAACUUUGAGAAAGCCCUUGAUUUCUUUGACGAGGAGAAGGUUCCCAAAAUUAACUCCUCCCGCGCGAUAAAAAGCUGGCCACAUAUUUUGGGCUGUUCAGUUAACAAGCUGAAGGUGAUGGUCGAACAGUUAGGUGAAAUAGGCAUUACGAAUAAGAAGUUAGGUCAUGUUAUUGCUACAAGUCCACAGCUUCUGCUUCGCAAGCCUCAGGAAUUUGUUCAGGUGGUAUUCUUCUUCAAAGGUUUAGGACUGGAUGAGGAAGCGAUUGCUAGAACUCUUGGUCGUUGUCCUGAAAUUUUUGCUGCAAACAUAGACAAAACUCUCGAGAAGAAGUUGGAAUUCCUUUCUAAUGUUGGAAUUCCCAAAGCUCACCUCCCAAGAGUUAUCAGAAAAUAUCCGGAACUAUUUGUUUGUGAUGUCGACAGAGCAUUACUUCCUAGAAUGAGGUACCUGAUGAGGAUCGGCCUAUCAAAGAAGGAUAUAGGGUCGAUGGUAUGCAGGUUCUCACCUUUACUUGGUUAUAGCAUCGAAGAAGUUCUGAGACCGAAAUUAGAGUUCUUAGUGUACGCAAUGAAAAGGCCUGUACGUGAUGUGGUCGACUAUCCAAGAUACUUCAGCUACUCACUGGAGAAGAAGAUAAAGCCCAGAUACUGGGUUCUGAAAGGCAGGAAUGUAGAGUUCUCAUUGAAAGAGAUGUUGGGAAAGAAUGAUGAGGAGUUUGCAGCUGAGUAUCUGGGGGUGGAGGAGAUGCUUGUUCCUCCAUCUUGAAAACUCUGUGGUUUCUUUCUCCUUUUUCGUUGGGGUGGAAUGGGGGUUAUCUUGAGGACUCUUUCUUGUACAGAACUGUCUCCUUUGUUGUUGAAAGUUCUCUUAGUCUAGCAAUUUUCCUCUCAUACUUGGAGUUUUCAAUCAUUCAAUGGGCUUGGUAAAAGUAUUUGAUUUUGUGGUAGAUUUA